GAAAUAGUAGCAGUGAUCCGUUUAUCGGCAAGUAUUGCGGUAAGAUGAUACCACCAUCAGUAGUCUCAACGUCCAAGUUCUUAUAUGUUACAUUCCACACAGACCAUAGUCAAACAAGAACAGGUUUUAACGCUACAUAUGGUCAAAUAGAACUGACCCCGACACCGUCAGCACUAACAAUAGCUGCUGGAGCUGCUGAAGCUGUUGGAGCUGUUAUAGCCGUUUUGAUUAUUAUUACCGGAGUAGUUGUACUGGUACGCAAGUUGAGGACAAGAGAGAAUGGCGAAGGAGAAUCCCCAACAUACGCCGGUUUAGUUAUGGGUACAAGAGCAGCCACUGGUGCAGAUGAUCCAACUUACCAAAGUGCACAACAUUUCAUAGCAUCUCAACCAUCUUCAUCUGAGCAUGAUGAUAAUAUACCGUCAUAUUGUACAGUAAUCCCAUCUGGAGGAACUGCAUUCUAUGAAAAUCCGUCACCAGUUGGAAAUAGUCAGAGUCUUGCAAACAGAGAAGAAGCACGGGCUGCCACAGAUGACAAUACUGUUAGCAGAGAAUCCCCAACAUACGCCGGUUUAGUUAUGGGUACAAGAGCAGCCACUGGUGCAGAUGAUCCAACUUACCAAAGUGCACAACAUUUCAUAGCAUCUCAACCAUCUUCAUCUGGGCAUGAUGAUAAUAUACCGUCAUAUUGUACAGUAAUCCCAUCUGGAGGAACUGCAUUCUAUGAAAAUCCGUCACCAGUUGGAAAUAGUCAGAGUCUUGCAAACAGAGAAGAAGCACGGGCUGCCACAGAUGACAAUACUGUUAGCAGAGAAUCCCCAACAUACGCCGGUUUAGUUAUGGGUACAAGAGCAGCCACUGGUGCAGAUGAUCCAACUUACCAAAGUGCACAACAUUUCAUAGCAUCUCAACCAUCUUCAUCUGGGCAUGAUGAUAAUAUACCGUCAUAUUGUACAGUAAUCCCAUCUGGAGGAACUGCAUUCUAUGAAAAUCCGUCACCAGUUGGAAAUAGUCAGAGUCUUGCAAACAGAGAAGAAGCACGGGCUGCCACAGAUGACAAUACUGUUAGCAGAGAAUCCCCAACAUACGCCGGUUUAGUUAUGGGUACAAGAGCAGCCACUAGUGCAGAUGAUCCAACUUACCAAAGUGCACAACAUUUCAUAGCAUCUCAACCAUCUUCAUCUGAGCAUGAUGAUAAUAUACCGUCAUAUUGUACAGUAAUCCCAUCUGGAGGAACUGCAUUCUAUGAAAAUCCGUCACCAGUUGGAAAUAGUCAGAGUCUUGCAAACAGAGAAGAAGCACGGGCUGCAACAGAUGACAAUACUGUUAGCAAUAUUGAAAAUAUGUAGGAAAACAUUCGAGUGGCCGAGUCUGGAGCUUUGACUUGUGCCAGAAGGAAAUGCAAUCCAGCUCUUCUUGCUAGGCUGUAUAUUACAUCGGUGUCAGUGCGGAUUGCGAUGGUAAGACAAUUCUCCGAGGGAAGCAUUCUGGCAUGUGUGGAUAUAUAUUAACAAAUGUUUUUUUUUAGUUCAUUUUUCUAAAUAUUGUUAUAUUUUUUUAUAUAUUUUAAUGUGGAUGUAUUAGAUCUUUUUUCAAAUUAUGCAAUAAUCAUAUUCAUCUAAUGACAAUAUGGCUUCUCAACACUGUCUUUCUGUAUAUUAAAACUUAUUGUAUAUUAAUUUAGUAGUAUUUUCCCUUUGUACAAUCUACAAACUUUCGGUUCUAGAACAUUCCAGUACAGUGCACCCUUUUUGUGGAAUUCCUUACCCCAUCAUCUUAAAACAGCUCCAUCACUUGAAUCUUUUAAAACAAAAUUAAAAACUCAUCUAUUUACCACUGCGUUUUAGUUGGAGUGGAUCAGGAUUUGUGUGUAAAUAGUGACCAUUGAGUACAUAGUACGCGCCUAGAGCAUGCAUUUGUGGAUGGAUGGGCGCUUUACAAAUAUACCUUAUUAUUAUUAUUAUUAUUAUUAUUAUUAUUAUUACGCAUGCCCACCACUGUGAUGAUUUCUAAAUGAUUACCCAUCGCUGUAUAUUGAUGUUUCCACAGUACCUUAUUGUGUUAUUAUCUGCGAUAUCACCCUCGGUGGAAGCGGACGUUAAAUAUACCAAGAACAACAACAACAUCCUUAUUGUGUAUUAUAUAUCUUCAUUGUACUAUGGUAGUGGAAGUAGGCUUUAACGAACCAAGAUGAUACAACAUGGUAGUCAUUCUUUGCUUAAUAAUUCCGAGAAAACCCUCGUCGAAACGUCGCCAGAAAUACACUUUUAAGUAACCUUUAUUCCAUAUAAUGUUGCCAACAUAUAAUAACCAACAUAUCCAUAUACUUUUAUCGGCUUAAGAGCAAUAUUACGGUUUGUGACAAUUUUGUUAAUCUCUCUGAUCAAUGUACUGCCCAGGACCGUCGGAACCGAGGUGGGGUUGGAUUGAAUUGCAAGCCCGUAGGACCCCAUUUAGGCUCUCUAAGCUGACCCCCACCCUAUAAAUUUCGUUCCAAUGGGAGUGGUACUAGCAGAAUAAAGAUAUGAAGGCUGAUCAACAUUACUAUGCAUAAACUGUCAACUAUCUUCAAUGUAUAUAGAAUAUAUGUAA